AUGCUCGAAAUUUGUGCAUUUUUGCAGGGAAUUCUGUUGGGAACGAUCUCGUCGGUGCAGAGAAACAACGAGGAGGUCCCGCUGGCGAAGCAGGGCGAAGAAGUGUGCAUCAAGAUCGAAAAUACGGCCGGAGUGGCGCCAAGACUCUACGGGCGGCAUUUCACGCACGAGGACCCGCUCGUCAGCAAGGUAACGCUCUUUUAUUCAAAAGUACAAGGUUUUUGAGAUUUUGAGCUGGAUAACUUGGCGGAAAACGAGAUGUUUCCAUUACUUUUUAGUUUGGCACGUCCUUAAGCUCCUAAGUGUAGAAAAUUGUGGGAAAUUUCUCGAAUCUCUGAAUAGGGCACUCGAUGUUCUUGAAAUCACAUUGUUUUUCGUCAACUGGAAACAAUUGCAUUAUUUCGAAGCGGACCAUGUUUAGAUUUUUCCUAACUUCUCCCAUUUCCAGAUCACUCGCGAAUCGAUCGACGUGUGCAAGACGUAUUUCCGCGACGACCUGACCAAAGCGGACUGGCAACUGAUUGUGCAACUCAAGAAAUUAUUGGAAAUUCUCUAA